GUGGAAGCAAUCAACAUGGCGACGACGCGGGUUAGCUUCUUUCGGAAGAUCGUAGCAUCGGCAGAGUCCUCGUUCCUGUCCACCAAGCAAAUGCUGGGGAUGAAAAUCGCCGUGUCGACCGACAUGCCGAUUUUCCACUUCAACAGCCAAGACAGCGUCGCCGGUUGGCUUGUCUCGAGCGAUCAAGCCAUUGGAGGCACCUCUGCGUGUACGUUCAAGCACGAACCCCGUCGCACGGACGACGACCCCGAGGCUGGUGCUGCGGUGUUUUCUGGCAAUCUCAGCUUGAACCUUCAACCCACGGAACAGUAUGUCGUCCGAAGCGGUUACUGCGCGAUCCGCGGCAACGUCCCUCGCCACUUGCUCCUGCAUGGCUACGAAGGCCUGGCCAUGCGCAUCAAGACCGAUGGUCGAGUAUAUCGCAUCAACGCGCAGGCGGACGGGUGGAACCCGCACGAUUUGUACAUGGGGUUUCUCAAGGCGCCCGCGAACGAAUGGGUUGAAGCCGAACUCAAAUUCAGCGACUUUAUCCUCACGUCCCGCGGGUACACGCAAGUGGACGACCCGAACAAGCUCGAUCCGGCCAAGCUGUCCAAGAUCGGGAUUGCACUCGCCGACGACAAGGAAGGCGAGUUUGAGUUUGCCAUCGAAUGGAUCAAGGCAGUGGAGAAGGUGGAGACGACCCAUGUGUACCCCAAGCCCCAAGUGACGCUGAAAGAGGACUCGGAAGUGCGCGACGACGAAGUCAAGGUCGACGACUCGGCCAAGUCGUCGGCAAAGCGACCUCGGAACCCCGACUUAAUGAUAUAAUCACAGACAUGUUGUAAGGUUACACUUCGUCUUCGCGCAAUAACAUGUUUGGGAUGCCGUCGACAAUGGGGAAUUCGCGCCCAGACUCGGGGCACACCAACGCCCCUUUCUUCACAUGCACGUCCAACAGCGCAUGAUGAAUCUGCUUCAGCACGACUUCGUUUGACUUGUCGGCGUCCGACAGCGGCGUGCUUGGCACGUCCACGUUCAAUGCCGCCGCGCCCGCCACGAACGCGGCCCAGUCCAACUUGGCCGCCAUCUUGACGAUGAAUUCGGCGCUGAACUCGGAUGGAACGACUUCCGUUUCUUCGGCCUUGAGCACCAACGGGAAGCCAUUCACGACCCCCUUCUUGUUGCACAUGAGCAUGUUGUGUGUGAUCAGCCGCAUGCCGCUUGGCGUCCUCGAGUCAAC